AUGCAUGCGCAUGCGCUGCCCCUGGGGCAGAGGGCGCAGCUGCUGAGGCCGCGAACCCUCUGGGAGCGACUCGACCUGUGGCCAUUUGCUGCUGCUGCGCUGCUGCUGCUGGCUCUCGCCAUAGGCGAGCACGAGGCAGCGGACACUGCAGCUGCAGCCGCUGCAGCUGCCGCUGCUGCAGCUUCAGCAACAGCGGCUUCGGCUGCAGCAGGAAGGAAUGCAGCGGCAGCGGCACCGCCGGCCUACGCAGCUGUAGCUGUUACUGCAAGCUCGACUGUAGGUCUCUCAGCAGGCCCGACAGAAGCUGCAGCAACUGCAGCAGCAGCAGCGGCAGUUCCUGCUGCAGCGACCGCCGCAGAUGCGAGUUCAGCAGAAACGGUGGAGGAGGCAGAGGCGCUGCCGUGGCUGCUGCAGACGCCCUGCUCAGUUUUGCUGCUGCUGCUGCUGCUCUCAUGGGGUGGCUUGAUGCUCGCCAGCAGCUGGGUGCUGCGGCUGAGGCGCUGGAAGGACUACCGGACGUGCAGCUCGGCAGCAGCAGAAGCGACGGCGAGGGGCGCAGCAGCAGCAGCAACUCACGUCUUUGUUGCUGCUGGAGCAGAAGACAAGGAGGACUUUCUUGUUCCCAUCGAGCUGCUGCAGUGCACAGCAGCAGCAGCUGCGGUUCCUGACGCAACAAAGAAGCCCCAGCACUCCAAAGAUGCGCACAGGCACCAGCACCAGCACCAGCAGCAGCAGCAGAAGCAGCAGCAGCAGCAGCAGUUUGAGCUGCUCAUAACCCUCAGGGGUCAGCGUUACUUGUACGACUUAAAGAAAGCAGAUUUCUUCCCAGUGGAGGCCCCGCAGCAUUUGCCGCUGCGCAGCUAUUUGGACUGGACAGGGCUGAUAGAGCUCCCUGCAGCAGGCGCAGCAGCAGCAGCAGCAGCGGGAACAGCAGCGGCAGCAGCAGCAGGUGGAAACAUGGAUAAGUUCGCAAAGGACGCCAGGCUGCGGUUUGGCCGCAAUUGCUGCGAAGUGCCAGUGCCUUCAUUUGGCGUGCUGCUGCAGCAGCAGCUGCUAUCGCCUUUCUUCUGCUUCCAAACAGCUUGCGUGUGUCUGUGGCUACUGGAUGGCUACUGGGGCUUCCCUUUAUUAACCCUCGUUCUGCUAAUCAUUGUCGAGGCUCAGACUGCGCUGAAGCACCGGAGGGAACUGCUGAGAGUGCGGAAGAUGCAGCAGGUGCCGCCUCGGGUGUACGUACACCGCAAGCUCUGCAGCAACAACAGCAGCACGUGCUCGUGGAAGCUCGUUGACGCAGCAGAGCUUCUGCCUGGUGACGUUUUCUGCUGGGACCUUGGCAGCAGCAGCAGCAGCAGCGGGUCCGUCCUGGCCCCAGUGGACGGUUUGCUGCUGCAGGGAACUGCUGUGAUCGACGAGUCUCUGCUGACGGGGCUUGCUGCCGUCGUCGGACAAGGGUACGGCCUGCAUAUGUUUGCUGCUGCUGCUGCUGCUGUGGUACCUCCUUUUGCUGCUGCUUCAGGAGAGGCCAUUCCCCAAGCAAAGGCGGCUCUGUCGCUAACUGCUGCAGAAGUCGGGGCUCUUGAUGAGGCCCUUGACCUCCAAGGGAAGCACAAACAGUUUGCCUUCUUUGCAGGCACUUCUUUGUUGGCUGCGGACAAUGACAAGGGUUCGGGUCUUCGCUGCUGCAGACCUCCAAAUGCCUCCCCCGUAGCCCUAGCAGUCCGCACAGGGUUCGCCACCACCGAAGGGCAGUUGCUGCGGACUUUAAUGGAAACAACGAACGCGCCGCAUUCGAGCAGCAGAGAAGGCUGGGUGUUUCUAUUCGUGCUGCUGCUGCUGGCGCUGUGCUGCUGCUGCUACGUGACGUUCACGUCUCCCGUCUCCCCCUUUUCUUACUUUUACACUACGCUGCCUCCACUGCUGCAGUUCCUGCAGCCGUCGCCCGAGCAGCUGCAGCAGGAGCUGCAGCAGCUGCAGCUGCAGCCACAGCAAUACCGCAAACCCUCCAUGUGGCGGCUGCUGUUGUCUCUCUCCCACAUCAUCACUUCUGUUGUUCCCCCGGAGUUCCCGAUGCUCCUUUCUCUCACUCUCACUGUUGGCGUUCUGCAUCUUGCCAGGGCUGGCAUCUGCUGCACAGACACGCUGAAGCUUGCUGCGGCUGGUGGAGUGCGCGUAGCUGCCUUUGACAAGACGGGCACUCUCACGUUCCACAACUAUGACUUGCUGGGCGUAUUCGGUGUUGGCAACAAACCCCAAGACCACGACAAAGAGCAGCAGCAGCAGCAGCAGCAGCAGCAGCAAUCAAAAAAGGGCUCGCCAGUCGCAGCGAACGCAGGCACAAGCAACAGGCCUUCGCUGCUGCCGAGACAGGAGCUGCCGCUGCUGACAGCUCUUGCUGUUGGCUCCUGCCACUGCCUCAGGCCUGACAGCAAAGGAGUGCUCGUAGGGGACCCUCUGGAGCUUGCUGCCUUCAAGAGCUUCGGCUGGCAGCUCACCUCCCAGAGAACCGCCGUGCUAGCAAAUGAGCGAGGAGAGGCUUCUGCUCGGGUGUCUCUGCUGCUGUGUUUCCCCUUCACGUCUAAUCUCCAGCGAACGACUUCUGUGGCGGAAUAUAGAACGACUGAAGACGUGUGGCGUGGGCCGUUGCACCAGCAGCAGCAGCAGCAGCAGCAGGGGCAGCAAGAGCUGCGCGAGCUGCUGCAGCAGAAGCCCAAAGGGUUCAUCGUUGCCGUUAAGGGGGCCCCAGAACGGAUAAAACAGUUUCUGGGGAAAGUGCCGCCUUUUUAUGACUCUAUUGCAGAUGAGCUGACUGGAAGGGGGCUGCGCGUGUUGGCUGUGGCUGCUCGCGUGUGCACGACGAACCCUCAGUCCUCUCCUCGUGAAGCCCUGGAGCGAGAUUUGCUUUUUUGUGGGUUUCUGGCUUUUGCCGCUGCAAUUAAGCCAGGAGUGCAGCAACAGCUGCAGCUGCUGCGCCGCUCUGGCCAGCAGGUGGUUAUGCUCACGGGAGACCACGCGCUGACAGCUGCUGCUGUUGCGGCUGAUGUUGGCAUCAUACACCACCCCAGCACCUGCGGGGUCCCAAGCUGCUGCGGCUGCAGCAGCAACAACAGCAGCAGCAGCAAGGAGGCUACGGGCAAGCUGCUUCCUUUGUUUCUCAGCCUCUCAGAGGCCGAAGAGACCAUCGAGACGUCCCCCGGCAGCUCACAGCAAAUGCAGCCCAGGGCUCGAAGAGCAGCAGCAGCAGAAGAGGCGGCAGCAAACGACUCCAUCUGCAGCUCAAACAGCAGCAGCAGCAGCAGCAGCGUGUUGGAAAGCAGGGUUAACCGCGUGCUGCAGUGGGUCUCCUCAGACGGCAACGUACGGCUGCCAUUUGCUGCAGCCUUGACCCCCGAGCCUUCGCAGGACUAUUCAUUUUGCGUCUGUGGCACUGUGCUGCAGCAGCUGCGGCAGCUGCAACAGCGGCAGCAGCAGUUGCGGCGGCCGGCGGUGCAGCAGCUGGAAACGGCGGAGGAGCAGGAAGCACGUUUGGGCUGCCGCGAAGAGCUGACGCUGCAACAGCAGCAGCAGCAGCAGGAGCAGCAGGAGCAGGAUGCGUCGCAGCAAGAGCUGCUGCGGCAGCUGGUGCGAUACGUGCGCGUUUUCGCUCGUCUUUCUCCCCGAGAGAAGCAGCAGGUCGUGCAUGCAUUUGCUGCUGAGGGAUUCCCCGUGCUCAUGUGUGGCGACGGGGCCAACGACAUUGGGGCACUGAAAACAGCGGCAGUGGGGGUGUCAGUUCUCUCCAGCGCGCCUUGUGCUGCGGUCUCGGCAGCAGCAGCAGCUGCUGCUGCUGCCGGCCCUGGCGCUGGCGCUGCCGGGGCUGGGCGGCCGGGUGCAGCAGGCCUUGCUGCGACUCAGCGGCAGCAGCAGCAGCUGUCGCCGCAGCAGCAGCGGCAGCAGCUGCUGGAGCGCACGCUAGAGGGGCUGGCCGGGGAAAGCACGCUGGUGCCCCUGGGCUCCGCCUCCGUUGCUGCUGCUUUCACCUGCCGGGACAGCGGCAUUGGCGUAGUGUCGCGCGUGGUGUCUGAGGGCCGCUGCUGCCUCUCUUCUUUGCUGCUGAUGCACCGCCUCAUUGCUCUAAACUGCACUGUCACUGCAUUUUCUUUGUCUGUUUUGUCUACUGACGGAGUUCGCUACAGCGACCUGCAGGCAGCCAUAGAAAGCUGCCUUUCUACGACGCUCACGCUGUGUCUCAGCGCUUCCCCAGAAGAAAACGCCCAGCAGCAGCAGCAGCAGCAGCAGCAGGUAAAGGGAUUCAUGGGGAAUAAACCCCCGCCAACUUCCGUCUUUUCUUUUUGGGGCAUUUUGUCCCUCGUGGGGCAAGGGGCCCUCCAUGUGUGGUGCCUCGCUAGGGCGUGGGUCUUGGCUCGGGCGCUGCGAGACAGCAGCAGCAGCAGCAGCGGCGGCACUAGCAGCAGCAGCAGCAGCAGCAGCAGCGAGGAUGAGGACCUGUUCAAGCCAGAUGAAGUCAACACUGCAGUUUUCUACUUAUCUCUCUGCAUGCAUCUCUCAACUUUCCUUGCGAAUUACGAGGGGGCCCCCUGGUCGCAGCCGCUGCGCCAGAACCGGCGCUUGUGGCGCAUGCUGCUGGGGGGAUUCUUGGUGCUGCUGCUGCUGCUGCUGCAGCUGCUGCCCUUUCUCAACCAAGCGCUAGAGCUUGUUCUCUUCACUGACACGCGCCUGCAGCUGCAGCUGCAGCUGCUCAUUCUUCUCGAUAUAUUUGGACCCUGGGCCAUCGCUGCUGCUUGCAGAAAGGCAGCAGCAUUUAGAGAGGGGCCUCUCAAGCCCCUACCGCUUCAGCAGGCGGCUCAGCUGCAGCAGCAACAGCAGUAG